AUGUUUGUGCCAUGUUUCAACUGCGAAACCUCCCACAUCAAACCUUACCGUUGCAAUCACUGCAACUUCCAAACACAAUUAGGAGUCCUUUUCAAACAACACUUCAAAGACCGCCAUCUCAUCAUCAGAAAAAGCGAACAUCCGCCAACUUCACCGAAAAUUAUCAUUCAGAACUACAUUUGCGAAAAUUGCGGCUUCGGAACCCACUUUUCAAUGAAAUGGUUUCAACACGCUGCAACCUGUUUACAAAAUCCAGAAAUCCCUUCACCGGCUGAUCCCACCAGUGACGUUUCCACAUGUACCGAAUGGCGGCGCAAAUAUAAGUCCAAGCACAACUUAAACAACCACAAUUUUUUAGCACGAUGGUUUCAAUGUGCACACUGCACAUACCAAACCAAAAACAAGCAAUCCUUGACACGCCACAUAAAGGUGCACCGUUUGGACGAAAAAGACCUCACGUGGUACAAAUGUGACCAAUGCUCAUAUAAAGCCACACAAAAGCCGAAUUUGAAAAGACACAUAAACGCACACCAUUUGGAUGAAGAUGAAAUCCAAUGGCACCACUGCACUGUGUGUUCUUUUAGGAGCAAAGAGAAAAGCAGUUUGAAAAUUCACAUUAACGCACAGCAUCUAGACGACAGGAGCGCGAAAUGGUACGAAUGCAAAAAGUGUCCGUUCAGUACUAGACAUGGUUCGAAUUUAAGAACUCAUGUAAAUAUGCGCCAUUUGGAUGAAGAAAGUAUCGCGUGGUAUAAGUGUGAGGAGUGUCCGUUUAAAUCGAAACAGAAGGCGAAGUUACAGAUACACAAAAAUGCGCGGCAUUUGGACGAACCAGAAGUUAAAUGGUUUGAAUGUGAAAAGUGUUCGUACAGGAGCAAACGAAAUUCGAGUUUGAAGCAGCAUGUAAAGUUUAAUCAUUUGGAUGAAGGGAGUAUUAAGUGGUAUGAAUGCGAAAAAUGUCCAUACAAAGCUAAAAUUCAGGCGCAUUUAAAGCGUCACAUAAAUGCGAUUCAUUUGAAAGGUCGAAAUUAUAAAGUUGCACGACUGUGGCAAAUAUCCAAGUAG